AUGGAUACAUUGAAAUCAUUCAAUACGCGAAACAUUCCUGUCACAAAGAAGAGACAUUCGCAAGAUAAUGGAAAUGAAAUAGCAGUGGCAUCAAAAAGGCCUAAAUUGAAGGAAGAUAAAAUGAUGGUUGCAUCAAAAAGACAAUGUCUUACAAAUCAGAGCAGCAAUGAAAAGAGUUUCACAUCAGCACUACUACCAUUUCCAGCAAUACAACCAACACAUACUGGAUAUAUCAUUUCAGCAACAUUAUUACCAUCAAUUUCAUCAUAA